AUGUUCAAACGCUUCUUUCAUACAGGACUUCGCCUUGCUGAACAGAGUACUCCCUCUGGAUCACCACUCUUCUCAAAACCCUUGAAACCCUUGUCAGAAAGGGCUGCUCUUGCAGAGAAUCCAUACUUUCGUGAACUACCUCCUAACGUAGCAGCAGUUUACUUGAGUCCUUUGAAAUGGAAAGCCUCUGAAAAUGACGAUUUGGUUGCUACACUAAGAAUAAAAAGUUACGAAACGAAUGAGUUGGACUUUUACUCUGAUUUCAUUUGCCGUGCCGCUUAUUACAUGAAAAUUCCAAUGCGUGGCCCUCGACCUUUGCCCAAGAGGGUUGAGAGCUGGACCCUUUUAAGAUCCCCAUUUGUGCACAAAGGAUCACAAGAAAAUUUUGAACGAAUUACCCAUACCCGCCUUUUCAAGCUGUAUAACAUAAACCCUUUUCAACUUGAAACCUUUUUAGCGUAUGUGAGAAAAAACAACAUGCCGUCUUUGACUCUUGAGGCCAAGUUGGUUGAAUACGAGGAUUUGGAAGUUGCUGCUCGUAUACGGUCUCUGCUUCCAGCAGAAGAGCAAGGCGCCUGGAAAGACACUAAGGAUCUUGACCGGAUUAAACUACAUGCAGAUGAGUUAUUACAGAGUGACCCUGUCUAUCAAAAUUUGAUGAAGGGAGACUCAAAGAAAAAGUAA